CAAGAUCUAGCGCCGUGUCUCGUGCGGGCUGGUGCUCUCGCUCUUCAAUUACGUCGGUUUUCGGCUUCUGCAUCGACAAAGUCUCUCGUCCGGUUGCUGGAUCAUCAUCUCCCCUUUUUCUGACCAGGGGCCAUGUCUUCCGCAUCGCUGGCGAGCCAAAUCAAAGGCCUGACUUUUGAUGUUUUUGGCACCGUGGUCGACUGCAGGACCCCCGUGACGAAGGCACUGGUCGAGGCCGCCGCGGCCAAGAUUGCCUCCCCGGCCUCUGGCUCUCUUCCACCGGAUAUCCAGGCCCGCGUCCGAGCCCUGACUAAAGACGACUGGGCCGCCUUUACCCAGGAGUGGCUGUACUCGUAUGGCAAAUUCACACACAGCUUUGUCCCGGGCGUGACCGAGUGGAAAGACAUCGACACGCAUCACUACGACAGCUUCAUCGAGCUGCUUGACAAGUGGCAGCUGCCAGGGCUAUACACUCCCGACGAGAUGAAGCAGCUGAACAAAAUCUGGCACGCUCUAGAGCCGUGGCCGGAUAGUUCAGAAGGCAUCCACAAGCUUGGCACGCGCUUCAAGGUGUCGACUCUGUCCAACGGGAACAGAUCGCUGCUUGCGGACCUCAACGAGCAUGGUAACCUAGGCUUUCAGUACUUGGCGUCGGCCGAGGACUUCAAAGCCUACAAACCUAAUCCGGCCACAUAUCUCGGCGCCUGCCGGCAACUUGGUUUGGAGCCUAGUGAGGUUGCCAUGGUUGCUGCGCACCUGGGAGACCUGGCAUCCGCCCGAGCGCUUGGGCUGCGGACAAUAUACGUCGAGAGGAGGCAUGAAGAGGACUGGAAGCCCGACGAGGAAAGAUAUCGCGAGGCCAAAGAAUGGGUCGACUUGUGGAUAAAAGAAGACGAAGACGGGUUCAAGGAGGUCGCCGAAAGGUUGGGGAUCUGAAGCAUCAAAGCACAAUCCGU